AUGCCUCAGUACCAGCCUCAAGCCGAUGUCCCCAAGGACCCCUCCAGCAAGCAUGAGGCUAAGGAGAUGAUGGCUCAGCAGCAGUACGAGGAAAGAAAGGAGCACUCCAAGAGCGGUGCCAACACUGGCAAGCCUCAGGGCAUGGAAUAUGUUGCACGAAAGGAGCACGCGGCCGACGUUCAGCACAACCACUGA